UCCAUGCUCAAGACGUCUAAAUAAACUUCGGGAUUCUUUUGUAUCGGCGAGGGCGCGGACUUCCCAUUCACUCUUUUAUAACUUCCGGGUUCUCUCCUUUGAUUUCGCGUCUCUCUUCCAACUAUUCACCCCCCAUACUUGUUACGCGCCAUGACUACCGCAGUCUCCCCGUCUAGCUCCCCACGCCUCCCCAGUCCGCCCCCGUUCACAGAAGUCCAGAUCGGCCCUCAGUCGCCUUCAAUUGGCGAGGCUUUUGGCAAAGAUGGGGAGCAAAUUCUCGGAGCUGCUGCUGGAGAAGAUGAUGGUUCAACACGCAGGAUCCGCCCGGGAACCAAAGCGGCUGACAUGGCCUUUGGACCGCCGUUGAUUCCUUUGUCGCAGCUUGAUUCACCUUUCCAGCUUCAGGAACACCUUAAAGCUUUGUACCACCAUUUCACCAAACCCGAAGGAUCUGAUAUCGUCAUCCCGAUUACCCGCGAGGUCGCAAUUCAGCUCGCUGAUCCCCCAGAGGGCGUCGAUCGAUCGCUAUGGCUCUACGAGUUAUGCCGUUUCCUCACCAUGAAAGUCAACAAUCUGAUCAUCGCUUUCUUCGCGGAAGACCCACCCUGCUCUGUGCAGACCUGUCCCGAGAUGCGCGCUUCCGAAUGGCAGUAUCUCUGCGCGGUGCACGACCCUCCUAAAUCAUGCUGCGCUAUCGAUUACUGCUGCCACACUCUUGAUUGGGCUAAUAAUACCCUCACCUCGCCGAAAUACUUCCCCAGCCGCCUGACGCUGGGCUCCGAGGCUGGCGGUGGCCCUCAGGCUAGCAUGAGACACCUGACCAACGUUUUCCGUCGGCUGUACCGGAUUUUCGCACACGCCUGGUUCCAACACCGGGAUGUUUUCUGGGAGGUGGAGGGCCAUGAUGGCCUGUACAUUUUCUUUAGGACGGUCUGCGACAUUUUCCAACUUAUCCCGGAGGACAACUAUACCAUUCCGCCUGAGGCAGAAGGUCUCGAUGCGAUUCAGCCUAAAUUGGAGGAGCAGCCUGAUAAUAAGCGACUGACUAUUCUUCGCAAGGAGAUUGAAACCCCUCUUGCUGCUGAGGUCGAAGGUUUAGAUCCGUCAAUUAGCACAGGUGCCACCACUCGACGACACAAACAUAGCCCUUCUACUGGAUCGCGCGUCACAACCAUCACAGAGAGUGCAGAGGAUCCGGAAGAAAUCUCGCAGAUACACGCUCCGUUGCGUGAGGUGUUGAAGGAGUCGCCUGAGCCACGCCCUCCGUCCGCUGUGGAGAACCGUCCAAAAUUCGAGCCUGAAGUCGAGAACACCGACCCAGCUGCCACAGAAGAAACCUCCACGUCGGCUGAGCCAUCUUCUGAUACUGAAGAGGAGUCUCAGGAAGCGAUCGGGGAACCAGGCGAGGAACCAGAGGAAUCAGAGGAAUCAUUGCCAGAGCCUGAAGAGGAAACAGAAGAACCGGCACAGGAUGAAGAGGCCAAGCCCGAGGAUUCUACGUCGACCGAGCCCCUGGAGGGCGAGGAUGUGGCUACAUCUUCCGUUGCUCAGGAACUCAAAGAACCUGAAUCCGAACCCGAAUCUCAACCUGAACCUCCGGCCCCAGCGUCUGAGCCUGAGUCUGAAUCUAAAACUGAGGAACCUUGA